CGUUAAACUUCACGUCCAUGUCAAAAACGCUUCAUCUUCCAUUUCGCAUUCCGCAUUCCGCAUCCUGCAUAACAAUAACGGCGCAUCAAAACACCGUACCCUUAUACGUACUAAUUUCUAUACAAUCUACUUCUACUUAGUACCGGUGCAGAUUUCCCAGCGGUUCGCCUUAAGCUUUCGAAGCUAUUAUUGUUUAUUCCGAAGGGCAGCCUCGUGCUGUAUCCUGUAUAGCCGUCGCCGCCAUAUUUACCAACCGCCAAUCUUCAAGAAGUACCAGCAUUACAUAUCUAUACGGCUGUAACGGCCAGCAUCGCAAUUCGAUAUGUCGGGACUCUUCGGAAGCAGCUCUGCUGCAUCGUCUUCUGGUAACACGAUUGGCGACUUAAAGAACGAUGUUGCCCUUACGAAUCCCCCAAGUGACACAAUCUCAGACCUCGCCUUUUCUCCUACCUCAGACAUCUUGGCCGUCUCAAGCUGGGACAAGAAGGUCCGUAUAUAUCAGAUUGCUGCCAAUGGUUCUAGUGAAGGGAAGCAUAUGUAUGAACACGAGGCCCCUGUUCUCAGCAUAGACUUUUCCAAAGAUGGCAACAAAAUUGUGUCUGCCGGUGCCGACAAGCAGGCUAAAGUCUGCGACCUACAGACCCUCCAGACGGCGCAGGUAGCCGCGCACGAGCAGACCGUCCGAUGCGCACGCUUCUUCGAGCUACCCAACUCGAACGGUCCAAUGCUCGUGACGGGCUCGUGGGAUAAGACCAUCAAAUACUGGGACCUACGACAAAGUACGCCCGUCGGAUCUGUCACUUGCCAAGAACGUGUAUAUUCCAUGGAUGUGCGUAAUUCGCUACUAGUAGUCGGCACUGCGGACCGCUACAUCAACGUCGUCAACCUCCAGGACCCCCUUAAUUUUUAUAAGACACUUCAGAGCCCCCUUAAGUGGCAGACUCGCGUAGUUAGCUGUUUUACAGAUGCUAGCGGGUUUGCUGUUGGCAGUAUCGAGGGUCGUUGCGCCAUCCAAUAUGUGGAAGAGAAGGACGCGAGCUCCAAUUUCUCAUUCAAAUGUCACCGCGAUCCGCCUCAGGGUAACACGACGCAGGUAUACGCCGUCAACGACAUCUCAUUCCAUCCGCAGCAUGGAACGUUCAGUACAGCCGGUAGCGACGGCACGUUCCACUUCUGGGACAAAGAUGCGAAACACCGGCUGAAAGGAUACCCCUCGGUAGGGGGUAGCAUCACGGCGACGACGUUCAAUUCGGGAGGCACCAUCUUUGCGUACGCGGUCGGAUACGACUGGAGUAAAGGUUACAUGGGUAAUAGCCAGAACUACCCCAAUAAGGUCAUGCUACACCCCGUCCAGGGAGACGAAUGCAAGCCUCGCGCGACCAUCAAGAAGCGGUAGAGCGCCUAUGGCUCAGGGUGACCUAAGGUGCGCGUGCUGGAUAAACAAGGCGAUUGGAAUAUGGAGGAGUAAUCAUGGUAGGUCAGGAAGAAGGCAGCAGCUAUUGGCAUGUCGUCGUGGCUGCUACUUGCCCACGCAUAUAUCCAACAGAUUGGUUUGCCGAGUAGGCGGAUAAUCAGAAUGUGGCUUAUACGGGCCCCGAGUCUGCCUCGCAGGAAGCGGAAAGGGAAAAAAAAAGAAUAAGAGAUGUUGUAGGAAUAUAGCUACCGUAUACGGUAGAGGGCAGAGAGGAGAGGGCUGGCGGACGACACGAUACCAUGUGACUUUAUCUACGUAGGUAGACAGGCAGAUAGAGAAUACGCCCUUGUUAAUGCAUAGUACCUAGGUACUCACCAGUUCUCUGCGGAAUGUUGUGGAGGCGGCAGUAGGAACGACACGAUGGGAGGACACGAUGGGAGAGGUGGGCGCGCCAGUCUUCUUAGGUCCACCCAAUAGAAGGUAUCCAUACCGGUAAGCACCUAAGAUUCAACGCCUCAUAGGUCUCAGCCCUCCAACGUGGUCCAAUGGGAUACUUGACGAACUAUGUGCGAUACGACACGGCAGCGGG